UAGUUUCAAACUUUCAAAUGUCAAAUUUGUCAAAUGUCAAGGGGUGGCGGGAACAUUAACAAGAUGCGCCUGUUUUGGUUAUAAAUAUGAUAUUAGUAAAUAGGUGAUAGCCCAAUAUAUUAAAAUGUUGUUUUUAAAUACGAAUAGUUUAAGUUAAAUCUUUCCAAUAUUCACCCAUACCUAUUAGUAAUAAUACAAGCUUAUUAUCAAUUUAUAUAAAACGAUAAAAGUGUCUAGUUUUAUAAGAUGGGUAUCACAGGUUUGUUACCUUUUCUCGAAAAAGCUUCAAGAAGGAUAAAUGUUGGUGAAUUUAGUGGAUCCACGGUUGCAAUUGAUAGCUAUUGUUGGCUUCAUAAAGGGGCUUUUGCCUGUGCCGAUAAAUUGGUUCGAGGAGAAGAAACGGAUGUACACAUUAAGUAUUGUUUAAAAUAUGUGACAAUGUUGCUAUCAAAAAACAUAAAACCAAUCUUGGUAUUUGAUGGACGACACCUUCCAGCAAAAGCUAUGACGGAAUUAAAAAGGAGAGAGUCAAGAGACAUAUCGAAGAAGCGAGCAGCGGAAUUAUUAAGCUUAGGAAAGAUAGAAGAAGCACGUUCUUACAUGCGUCGUAGUGUGGACAUAACUCAUGCUAUGGCGCUCAGCCUUAUAAAGGAGUGCAGGAAACGCAAUGUGGAUUGUAUUGUGGCCCCAUAUGAAGCUGACGCACAACUAGCCUACCUCAAUAUUAAAAAUAUAGCUCAGUUAGUUAUUACUGAAGACUCUGAUUUGAUACUGUUUGGUUGUACAAAGGUGUUAUUCAAAAUGGAUCUCGACGGAACUGGAACGCUGGUCGAAACAAACCACCUGCCCCUAGUCAUGAAGUGCCCUAUAGAAAGAUACACUUUCGACAAGUUCAGACAGAUGUGCAUUAUGUCCGGUUGUGACUACCUCGCCUCUUUGCCAGGCAUUGGUUUGGCGAAAGCGAGACAAUUUGUGACGGCCACACAGGAUUCUAAUUUCGCUAAUGCACUAAGAAAACUGCCAAGUUUUUUCAACAGAUCAAAUCUGGUAGUGACGGAUGAGUACCGAGAAAGUUUUCUCAAAGCAGAGGCUACAUUCAAACACCAGUACGUGUAUGAUCCCAUUGAAAGGAAGAUGUGUAGACUGUUUGAGCCUGAUGAUGCAGACAUAGAGUUGGCACUUUGCAGCAAUGCGGGUGAACUAUUAGAUCCUAAAACUGCAUAUCAAUUAGCCCUCGGUAACUUGGAACCUUUCACUUUGAGGAAAAUGGACGACUGGGAUCCUGACCACCGCGAAAUGGUAGAAAACGUGAAAACCAGCAAUUGGAAAGAAGUGGGCAUCGCGAAACACCCAAGUAUAUGGAACGAAUCAUUUAGCGAGUAUUUGAGCGAGAAGACUCCAUGGUGUAAGCCUGUGAGAAAACUGGAGCCUAUAAUAUCAGUGCCACAAACGAGACCUAGGAAGAAAGUCGUGAAUUUAGUGACUAAAUACGUACCUGAGACGCAAGACGAGAGCUUAUCAAUAGAAACAUUAAGCAAUAUGUAUUGUACAGAGCCGACGAAUAAAAAACAAAAGUUGACCAAUGAUAGUGAGACAUACACAGAAUACAGUCAGAGUGAACUCAACACAGCUGUAUUAGAAGAAAACACAAAAGACAAGUCACCAAUACUAGAAAAUAAGCAAAGAUCAUUCCGGAAGUGUUUGAAAAACGGCAGCUAUUCUGUAUUGAAGCGUCUCAGUAAAUUCCCCCGAACAAUAUUGGAUGAGAAUGUAAUUGAAAGCAAGUUCUUUUCAAACGAUAACAGUGUGAUCAUAGAGGAAUCUCCGGAGAAAGCGAUCAAAGACAAUUCUGAUGAUUUGGAGAGUUCAUACAAGGAAAAUUCUCCAUUGAGUAGUCCAAUAAGAAAUCCCAGUCCAAUAUUAGAACCGAGCCCGCAUAGGAAUCCUUUUAAAAAAAUAAUGGAAUCGCAAGAUUCGGUUGUGGAAAAUACUUAUCCGUUGGAGCAAUUGGUGACGCCUGUUGAUUCUCAGACGAGCUACGGAGAUUCACCAGAGAAACAAUUAUCGCAGCUCAGCCAGUUUUCAUGCACAAGUACAAUAAGUGGAUCUAGAGAUAAUAUAAGCAAUAAGAGUAAUAACACAGGGAGGAAUUGUAGAGUGCCUGGCUUGAAGAGAUCAGCAUCUCUGCCCACUAACCAGCCCACUUUGUUGAGCAAGUUCGGCUUUCAGAAAAAACCAGUAUUACGAAAAUGAGGUAACAGUUAUGAUGAGUUUACGGAUAUUGAUCAAUAAUGUUAAUGUUUAUUUUUAUGUUUAUCGACGAAGUGCAUUUAUUGUUAAUUUGUGUGAUUAUUAUGUGAUUGGAAAUAAAUGAUGAUUUUUUUUUAUAUCAA